AUGGCCCUAGUGCUGGGGGGCGCCCUCGAUUACCAUUCCAAGCACAGCAGUGCACCUCUGGUCACCCGCGAAAUUGAGCUGGCUCGCUGGCGGGUAAAGGUUGAUAGUAUAGUCCACGACUUGUGUGACGCCCGGACCGGAGGACAGAGGGGAUCUAGCGGGGUGUCAGUCUGACUAGGUUGCUUUGAGCCCGCAUGUCACCUGCGGACCUGCUGAGAAAAAGCGAUGCGAACAUCUGACUUCUACGCGAUCCGAAUGCAGCACCAGCAGUCAGUAGACAGCGCCGUAUCGCUACAAAGGCGUUUUCUCUGCUAUUAAACGGUUCAUGCCGUCCGAGUGUGGUGUAGCUGGAAAGCUGUAGACUCAAAGCGAUAGCGGGACCUCAUCCUCCUGCAGUUUUCUUUUAGAUAGCCAACACCAAGCGAGCAUUUCCCACGUAGAUACACCGGGGGAAGUAAGUAAGGCGUUGGAAUGUUGCUUUCUAUGGUCAUGGAUUUCUUGAAGGGCAUCGCUGGUUUCGAAGGCCAUUCUCACAGACUAUAUUAGGAUCCAGCGCACAUUUUUGGGAGACCUGAGUCGGCUCAAGGAACCACCAUUUACAUGACACAGAAUUCUGUCAAAAUGUUUUGGCGCUCAUAACAGCAUUUGCGGAAGAAUUUACGCGGUAGGCCUACUACCCCAGAUUGAACAGGGUUGAUGCUCCGUCUUCAAGGUGUGUUUGCCUGACUGGAAAGCCUGAUGGAGACCCUGCUAGUUUACCUGAUGGUCCUUGGCAUGGCUGUAAAGGCCCACAAGGUCCAGCUGUGCCCAAAACGCUGUGUCUGCCAGAUGCUCAACCCCAACCUGGCAACCCUCUGCGACAAGAAGGGCCUCCUCUUCGUCCCGCCAAACAUCGACCGGCACACCGUCGAGAUGCGUCUGGGCGACAACUUCGUCACGAGCAUCAAACAGCGGGACUUUGCCAACAUGACCAAGCUUCAGGACCUGACGUUGUCUCGGAACACCAUCGGUUCCAUCUCGCCUCACGCCUUUAAAGAUCUGGAGAACCUCAGGGCCUUGCACUUGGACAGCAACCGUCUGACGAGGCUCACCAACGACACCUUCAGUGGGAUGUCCAAACUUCACCAUCUCAUUCUUAACAACAACCAACUGAUUCAUAUCCACAUUGGGGCCUUCAAUGAUCUCACGGCUCUAGAGGAGUUAGAUCUGUCCUACAACAACUUGGAAAGCACCCCCUGGGUGGCCAUCCAGAGAAUGACCAGCCUCCACACCCUGGGCUUGGACCACAACAUGCUUAGCUACAUCCCUAUAGGAACCUUCUCCGGCCUGCAGAAGCUCAAACGGCUUGACGUCACCUCCAACAAGCUCCAGAAGCUUCCGCCAGACCCUGUGUUCCAGCGGGCUGGGGUUCUGGCCACGUCAGGAAGCAUGGGUCCGUCGUCAUUUGCGUUGAGUUUUGGGGGGAACCCACUGAGGUGUAACUGUGAGCUGCUGUGGCUGAGGAGGUUGAGGCGGGAGGAUGAUCUGGAGACAUGUGCGGCUCCGCAGCACCUGGCUGGACGGUACUUCUGGACCGUGUCUGAAGAAGAGUUCCUCUGUGAGCCGCCUCUCAUCACCAGACACUCCCAGGAGCUGCGAGCACUGGAGGGUCAGAGUGUAGCUCUGCGCUGCAAGGCCAGGGGCGACCCAGACCCCAUCAUCCACUGGAUUGCGCCGGACGGCCGGCUCAUGUCCAAUUCCUCCCGGGCCGUGGUGCACAGUGACGGGACUCUGGACAUCCUCAUCACCACUGUGAAGGACUCAGGCUCCUUCACCUGUGUCGCCUCCAACCCGGCCGGGGAGGCUCAACAAACUGUGGACCUGGUGAUCGUCAAACUCCCACACAUCACCAACAGUACUGUGAAGAAGGAACUGAACCCAGGUUCUUCUGAUAUCGCCACGGUAAUGAAGACGGGUGGUGGGGAGGGCGGAGGCAUGGUGCCACUGGGAAACACGAAGACGAGCCAGGAGAAGAAGGUGGUGAUCACUGAGGCAACGUCUACCUCCGUCCUGGUCAGGUUCAACUUCCAGAGGAGUAUACCAGGCAUCCGAAUGUUCCAGAUCCAAUACAACGGAACCUACGAUGACUCUCUGGUUUACAGAAUGAUCCCUUCGAGCAGUAAGAGUAUCCUGGUGAACAACCUGGCGGCCGGUACACAGUACGACCUGUGUGUGCUGGCCAUCUACGAUGACCUGGUGACCUCCCUGACUGCCACGCGGGUGGUGGGGUGUGUCCGCUUCACCACCGAGCCACAGUACCUCCGCUGCCACUUCAUGCAGUCCCAGUUCCUGGGAGGGACCAUCGUGGUCAUCAUCGGAGGGAUCAUCGUGGCGUCCGUCUUAGCUUUCAUCAUCUUCCUCAUCGUGAGGUACCGAGUGUGUAACCAAGGCGAUGAGGAUAAGGCUUUGGAGAUGGGUGAGAUCCCAUCUCUGAGCAGUGACGGUCAGCUCCAGGGCUGCGGUGUCCCCAAGGCCAUGUCCAAAUCUCUGUCCAAGCAGAUCCUCCAGCCAGAGAAACCAGAGACGGAGGACAAGGAGUCUCUGAGGGUGGCCCUUCCUCCUCGCAAACCGGUCAAGCAGCAGCAGCAACCCCCAGCCCCAACCACCACCACAUCUACCAAGCCUUCCAUCCCCGACUGCACUGUCUCUACUUCCGCAGCCAGCCACUCCUGGCACCCUGCCUCCCCGGUCACCCUGAGGCAAAAACGGGCCGAUUUCACUGUCGCCGGAGGUUCGAAACCCGGAGAAGCCCGCCGAGCCGAAGGCCAGACGGAUGUGGAGUUAGAGAACACAAACCGUAAUAACUCAUCGGAAGCCAAAAUGGCUGCCGCCUUGGCCGUACCUGUUCCUGCCCGUUCCACAAAAUGGACGCCGGUCGCUAGGCGGCUGCGCCCCCCUGGAGCCUCCUCCCACCAUUACAUGACGGUACCAACAGGGGGUGUGAGGGUGAACCGGCGGCACUCACUGAACGUGGACUCAUACAAAGAGCGCUGCUAUGUCAGCCUGGUACAGCAGCAGCCAAAACCUGGCGGGAGUUUGUGCUCCAAACGCAGUCUGUCCAUGAGUGGAGAAUUGCCCACGUUGGAGAGUGCAAUGGCAAACAUACGCAGAGGCAGAGACAAGCUGUCCCGAUCUGAGUGGCUUCUUGAAAGCACUCUAUGAUCUGGAUUUUACUGGCUUAUAGGCUCUUUGUUUUACUGGAUUGGAUUUGUGGCCCAUCGUGGAGCAUACAAUAACUUUAUGCCUUGUCUUUUAUCUACAAGACCCAUAGAUUCCUCUUGUAUAUCUGAAGACAAGGCAGCAAAACAGGGUUUUAAAAAUGUUUCACAUGUGUUUUUCUACCUAAAAAGCAAAUAUCCUCUCAAAGUCAUCUGUAUUGCGACUUCGGAUAUAACUUUGAUGAAAGGCACAAAGUAAAUGUAUAAAGCAACUUCAUGCACAAAAAUGUUGAGUUGUGUAACAUAUAGGCUAACACGACACACCCGUAAGUGUUCAUAUAGUACUGAAUGCAGUAUUCUUGGAGGUCUAGCAUCAUUUAGAGAGAGGGUGAAAAAGGGAUGGAUGAUCAAGCUUGUUAUAACAUUGCCUGUUACUUAAAGUGAUUACAAUAACUGUGUAGACAAUGAAUGGACAUACUUCUUGUCGUCAGUUUUUCAGACAGUUGGUGACAUGUCUUAAUUAACUUGGCGGCAGCGUUUGGAGGAAUUGUGAAUGUGCAGAGAUGUAGAACACAAGGUAUCCAGGCUGUGUCCCAAAUGGCGCCCGAUUCUCUAUAGUGCUCAACCUUUUGACCAGGGCUCUGGUCGAAAGUAGUGCACUAUAUAGAGAAUAGGGUGCCAUUUGGGCCGCACUCCUCAGUCUAGUGACAGAGCUGGAUCUUUUCAUCAAGCCGCACCAGACACACAGCACAAUGCAACAUUCAUGGCAUCCCGUCCGGUGGAGAUUGAGCCUAAUACUGCCCUCCGGGUUGAAUCGAUACAUUUUUAUCGCGUAAUUACACCUAAAGACUCACGCUCAUAGGAUUCCUGUCGCAACUGAUACGACAGUCUAAACCAACACAGACAGGAUGACUGGCGCGAUUCCAAUACGUCAACAGGUGGAUGGGGCUCGAUAAAGGAUUGGUGGUCCAUUUUCAUGUUUUUCUACUAUUAUUAAGACAUCAUUUGUCAUGUCAGGCCAAGAACCGUUGUAAAUUGACUGGUUGGUAAAGAGAAAACGAAAGCCACAAAACAGUAGGCUAUCUGAGAAGUCGGCUCUUGAUUUUGCUGUUGUUUCUGUUUGAUGUUUACCAGUAUAAAUAAACCAAUGAGAAAAAUCUA